GGUGCGUCUGUGUCUACAGAUCUCAUUGAUGUUCAAAGCUUCUUCACAAACAUUAUUCUCCCAGAGCUGCAAAGCCGCGACGUCAACAGUUUUCCAAUGCUAAAGGCAGGGUCCUUGAAGUUUUUAACCCUGUUUCGUAGUCAUAUGCCAAAGCCUUUUGCAAUGCAGUUGUUCCCAGAGUUGGUCCGGUUCCUUAAAGCAGAGUCGAACGUGGUCCAUUCUUAUGCUGCUAGCUGCAUAGAGAAGCUCUUGUUAGUGAAGGAGGAAGGCGGACAGGGUAAUAGGUAUGCUGCUGGUGAUAUAAGUCCGUUUUUGCUGCAGUUGAUGACGAACCUGUUUGAUGCGCUGAAGUUUCCAGAAUCAGAGGAGAAUCAAUAUCUGAUGAAGUGUAUAAUGCGGGUCCUUGGUGUUGCUGAUAUCAGUGCUGAGGUUGCUGGACCUUGCAUCGGGGGAUUGACCUCUAUUCUCAAUGAUGUUUGC